AUGGAGGUUGGUCGGGUCGGCCGGGUAACGUGCGCCGCCUUCCUCAUCGCUUGUUGUCUAACCGUUAGAACUUGUUCUGCGGCGGGUGAGAAAAAAGGCUGGAACUUGCGCGCUAGAUUCUAUCAAUAUACCUGCCCGCAGGCGGAGAAAAUCGCCGCCGAUCUUACCCGCGCUGCCCUUGGUCAAGAUCCGACUCUCGCUGCUAGCCUCCUCCGCCUGUUUUUUCACGAUUGCUUUGUCAAUGGAUGCGACGCUUCAAUUUUACUGGAUUCAACCCUUUCCGGCGAACCGAUAGAAAAGGCAUCACUGGGAAACGGCAAAACGAUGAGAGGCUUCGAAUUGAUCGACGAAAUAAAGGACAAGCUCGAGAACGAAUGUCCCGAAAUUGUAUCUUGUGCCGAUAUAACAGCCUACGUAACAAGAGAUGCUACCGUCUUCUCCGGUUUACCAUACUUCAAAAUCCCGGCCGGCCGUCGCGACGGUGUGAUCUCACGCGCCACCGAUGUAUUCCACAACCUCCCAACUCCGGCAAUGACGGUGGAUGAAAUGGCGGCAAUAUUCACAAGAAAGGGAAUGACGGUAGACGAAAUGGUGACUCUGACCGGAGCGCACUCGAUCGGAAAAGUACAAUGCAGUGUUUUCGAAGACAGAAUUUACAAUUACAGCGAAACGGGAAGUCGAGAUCCGAAAUUGCAGGCGGCGUACGCUUCUUACCUGUCGGCGAUGUGUCCGCCGGCAGAUGAGGUUCCGGUGAAUUUAGCGGCGGAGGGAGGUGAUAGAUUAGUGUAUUUGGAUCCGUCGUCGCCUUUCAGGCUGGAUAAUUCGUUUUAUCUGAGGAUGAGAGAAGGAAAAACCUUGCUGCAGUCGGACCAGAAUAUGGCGGAUGAUCCGAAAACGGCGGAGCUUGUCGGAAAAAUGGCGGCGGAACCGAAGAUGUGGAUGAAGAAAUUUACGAGGGCUCUGGUUCGGCUUAGCAGGGUGGAUGUGCUCACCGGAAAUGCAGGGGAGAUUAGGAAGAAUUGUCGGGCUGUUAAUUUAUAA